GUGGUGAAUUUUAUGGUUCAGAGGACAGCCGAUUGACACUGGAUUGGCCUACAAGGUUUAGGAUCUGUCUCGGAAUAGCAAAAGGUCUAGCUUUUCUACAUGAGGAAUCAAGCCAAAAAAUUGUACAUCGGGACAUCAAAGCUACCAAUGUGCUGCUGGAUGGGCAGCUAAAUCCGAAAAUAUCUGACUUUGGACUAGCUAAACUUAAUGAAGAAGAGAAAACCCAUAUUAGUACUCGAGUUGCCGGAACAAUAGGAUACAUGGCACCAGAAUAUGCGCUCUGGGGUUAUUUGACCGAUAAAGCAGAUGUUUACAGCUUCGGAGUUGUACUUCUGGAAACUGUCAGUGGAAAGAACAACAAUAACUACAUGCCGAGCAACAAUAGCAUUUGUCUCUUAGACUGGGCCUGUAACUUGCAACAAAGUGGGAGUAUAGAGGAGCUCAUAGAUCAGAGAUUGGGUUCUGAUAUUAACAAACAAGAAGUGGAAAGAAUAGUAAAAGUGGCACUCUUGUGCACUAGCGCCACUCCCUCACUCAGGCCUAUCAUGUCCGAGGUAGUGGGUAUGCUUGAAGGACGAAUAUCCAUUCCCGAUGAAAUUCCAGAGGCAAAUACAUAUUCUAAUGAUCUGAGAUUUAAAGCAAUGAAAGAUUUUCAUCAAGAGAGGCAAAAACAGAAGUUAACUGGAAGCCAAACUCAAAACACCAUGACCAUACAGACUGACAUGGGUUCUUCUUCUACAUCUACUACUAAUCUCUUCGAUUCAGUCCAAUUUCAGGAUCAAACAGACACAUAAUUUCAUUUCAUUUCAUAUCUUGGCUGGCUCAAUUCCUGCUUGUUGCAUACUUGAGGUACUUCACAUUGAUUCAGGACCACCUUUGCGGGUAUUUAUACUUGUAAUUAAGCAAUUUGUUCAAAUGUUUAUAGCAGGCUUGCUGUACAAUGUAAAUACAGGUUCCAGUUUUCAGACAAAGGAUGUAACACUUCUUUUACCUUUCUUAUAGGAGUAGUAGGUGCUCAUAUGAAUGCUAGGUUUCUAGGACUGAAUAUUUUCGUCUAUAUUUUGCUUCUGUUUACGCAUCGUCUCUUUGCGUUUUUAA